GAGUAAAACUGUCGUGUGUGUGUGUCAGAGAGAGCGAGAGUGUGUGAAUGUGUGCGCGCGCGCAUGUGUGUGUGUGUCUGCGUCUGCGCGUGUGUGUCAGUCAGACAGGAGCCGGAGUUAGAGAGGAGGCUCUCCGUUGCACGCACGCGUGAUUAUUCCGCUCCUGCGUGAUUGUCCGGUGUGUGUGUGUGUGUGUGUGUGGAGUCUCAGGUUUCCGAAGCCGCAGGUCGGUCCUCCUCCUGAGCAGCGGCUCAGUAAACAGUCAUGUCUUCUAAUUUCGCUUUAUCGCGAACUUUGCGCAGAACCGGGAGCUUCCCUUCCGCCAGGACGGUCCGGAUUGUGAUCCUGGGACAAGGUGCAGUCGGGAAAACAGCACUAGCUGUGCGCUUCAUCACCAGGAGGUUUAUCGGGGAAUAUGAUCCGACUCUGGAGACCAUCUACAGACACGAGUUGGCAAUUGGAGGUGAACCUGUGAACUUUGAGAUCCUUGAUACUGCAGGACAGGAGGAAGACGCGCUGCUGAUGGAAGAGAAAAUUAAAUGGGCCGACGGCUUCCUCGUAGUUUACUCCGUCACUGACCGCUGCAGUUUCGAUGAAGUCAUGCGCCUGUGCUUCCUGGUGAAUCACAUCCACGGCAGAAGAAGCUGUCCUGAUCCUCCACCGGUCAUCAUCGUGGCUAAUAAAAAAGACCUGGAGUUUGACAGGAUGGUGUCGGUAGAGGAGGGCGAGAGUUUAUCGCACGGCCUCAAACUUCCUCUGCGUGAGAUUUCUGUUCGUGAUGGUUGGGAAGAAACCGCCAGCGUGUUCCAUGCGCUCUACGCAGAAAUAGUGCAGCAAAUGGACAAGUCGCCUCCUUCCUUCAGAAGACGUGGCGUCUCCAGACUGAUGGAGAAAAUUCCCAGAAUCCACUCCAACGCGGCUCUGGGAUCCACAGGCCGUAGUUUCAGCUUCAGCUCAUUCAGAGACCUGCUGCCUGACUGAGAAGUGCGAAGCUUGGUCAAAAAACCACGUCUUUUCGUUAAUGCCUUUUAGUCGUAAGUAAGUGUUGUAGGCUAAGACAAGCUGGAGACAUUAAGUGAGGGUGGCACUAAAGUAGAAGUAAUUAUACAGUUAAUACGAUUAUAUUAAACUAUAACCUACUCGCAGAUGUUCACCAUGUAUUCACUGGACAGUAUUCAGAAACACAUCUUUUGCGAAUGACUGUUCUAACUUUCGUGCCUUCAGGAACAAUCCUCUGAUCUCUGGUGCAUGUUUCUGCUCUUUUCAGCUUUCCCAGCCGUACCAUUAUGUAGUGUUGUGGAUUGCUUGGUUUUAGGUGUAUUAGGAGCUGGGAUGGAGCAAAAAAAAUAAUAAUAAUGUACCUUAAAACCUGGUUUGGGAAACACUCGUGUUUUGAGGAACACUAUUAUCUUGUGGAGGAGGUGGAACUAAAAUAUAUCUACGUUAAUCGAUAAUGAUGAACGCAAAAAUGUUCAGCAGUCAUAAAAAAAGGCACUUUGGGCGGGGAAAAAAUAGCAUGACAUCCAUUAUUUAAUGUCCGUGACAGAAAUGUUAAUGCAUUUUGCUCAUAAAUGUUUGAGAGGCUUUAUCGCGACUGGGCUGAACGAAGCACGAAAAUAAUUACACCAUCAAAAUGACUGUUUAAUUAUCAUUUAUUUAGCUGAGAUCAUCACUGCAAGGCGUCUUUAAGGAAUCAUUGGCUAAUUCAUUGCUUUUUGGCUUUCGAGAAAGGGUUGUACCUGGAAACACUGCUGUAGGGUUCUACAUAGAGGCUUUAAGGGUUCCCCGCGAUGGGCUAACCAAAGAACCCUUAUAGCUGAAAGCAUGAUAUUGAAUGAACGUUUUAUAAAAGCCAUAUAACCGACAAUGAUCUGGUCUAUGAGACUUUCAUGUCUUUGAAUCAGGUCGUUAAUUUGGGCUCCUGCUGUACAGUACUUUCCUGCCUUGAGCAACAUUUCUGCAUGCUUUUAGCUCUUUUUAUUUUUAUUUUGUUUUGUGUGUAAAUAAAAUGCACAAGUAGAAUUUGAUUUUGGACCUGGAAGCGAAAGGACAGAAGCCUGACUGUAGAAUAAAAAAAAGAAGCAUGAGAUUAAAGGAGAUUGGUUUGAUACACACCUACACUGUGAGAUGUUUAUAAACGUGUCAAAAGCAUAUGGGUGAAAUCAAAUCUUACUGUAAUCAGUCUACAUCAGAUUUUAGAAUCACCUAAUAAAAACGCGCUGAUCACAGAGGAACAGCAGCAACUCGCAGGUGGUAUUUACAUCUUAAUGACCUGAUACACUGGUGCAUUUUAAUGCAGCUGUCAAUCCAGCACGUCCCACAGACGCUGGUUCGGAUUGAGACCUGGGGACUUUGGAGGUCGGGUCUACACCUUGAACUUUGUCAUGUUCCUCAAACAGUUCCUAAACUAUUUUUGCAGUGUGGCAGGGAGCGUUAUCCUGCUGAAACAGGCCAGCUUUCUCAGCAGAACAUUACCCAGAGCAUCACACCGACUCAGCAGGCUCGGCUUCUUCCCAUAGUGCAUCCUGGUGCUGUCUGUUAUAAAGAUCAACCUGUGUGCAUUUGGUGGCAGUGCAUAAGCAACUGGGGAAAGAAAAAACAAAAACAAAACAAAUGAAAUAUCAAGGACAUAAGAAGUAGGACCACCCUUUCACUUCAGAACAGCUUUCGUCUGUCUUGGAACGCUGCCCUGAAUGGAUAUUGAGAUCAAUCGUCAAAGAAGAUGAUCUUCCAUUUCUCUGAGGAAUGAAGGAGCUGGAUAUCUACUGGACAGCCUGUGCUCUAGAACAUCAUGUAAAGGUUCGGCACUUCCUUACAGCCACUCUUGAAUCAUUUUAGAAGUAUGUAUAGAAGCAUUAUCAUCAGGAAUGAACCCUAGUACGCACCUAGUCCUGUCACAUGAUUAUCCAAAGCAUGAGAGGUCAAUCCAUACCAUUCUGCAUCCCCUGCUGGACUGAACAGUUGGCAGCAGAUGGUGUGGGUUGAAGGUAUUCGUUGGCUUCAUCCAAACAUGUAUCCGGCCAGAUGGAGGAAAUCAGGUGAAAGUUGUCUCAUCAGACAUGGCGUUCAAUGGAGUUAACUGUCAGAUCUCUUUUAUAGCUGAAAUAUGAUAUUUAGAAGUUCAUGUAUUUAGAACUCACCCAUGAAAGCUUUGUGCUUUAGUCAAGGUCCUUAUCAAGAGGUGACUCCUUUGUUUUGUCCACGCUUUGUAGAGGCCUGCACAGGUAUACGAUUACAGACCGUAGGUCAUCUGUUGUCACCCCCCUUGACCCUGUCCUCUACAGGAGCGUACCACCAAUCAGUACACAACCUUUCUGGUGGUGGACCAUUCUAGUGCUUCUUUACACUGUAAAGUACUAGGAUGGGUUCCUCUCAAGGUUUCUUCCUCGUGCCAUCUCAGGGAGUUCUUCCCUGCCACUGUCUCCUCUGCCUUACUCAUUACAGAUCUAAACGUAAACCUAAUUCCGGAUACUCCAAAGUUGCGUUCGUGACUGUUAUUAAAAUCAUAAAUCGAAUAAGCACUAACGGAGUCCUGCUGUGCUAAAAUGGUCCACCACCCAAAUAUCCGCUCAGUGGUGGUCUCUUUGAUUAAUGGACAGGGAUAGAGGAGGCCUGACACACACAGUCAGUAACGACAGACUUACAAAGUGACAAAUAUUAAAGAUUUAGCCACGUAAAUACCAUUAUCCUGUAUACCGGAAACAUUUACAGCCGGUUACUCAGAUAUUUUGUUAACGUAAAAGGCGAAAAUAAGCACGGGAUUACGUUUAUAACUGAAUCUGUGCAGGCUUUAUGUUUAUGGAGUGUAAUGGCAGACCUGCCACAUGAUCAGUAAAGCAUAAGCCUGACAGUGUUGAUGUUGCUUCUCAGUAAAUUCCAGAGUGACUCAUUGCUCAUAGAAAAGCCUUUGUGUUUAGUCACUGAAGAGCAGUGUGCUGUAUAUACACCAUAGUGACUGAAAAGAGAACGCUCAUUCAGGCUGAAUUGGGGGACUAACCUUUCACACGGCGCGUAAUUAACCUAAUGUUUUCCAUUGUAAUAGAAUAAGGAAUUAUCUAACAUAAUACACAAUUUUAAAACAAAGCGUCUCUAUUCAUUAACGUGAGCGCGGCACAUUUACACUGAUAAACCUUAAAAACUGGGUGGAAAUGAUGUAUACACCAUGAAUACGGUCCCCUCUGAAAGUACUGGGAAAGCAAGGCCAAUACUACUGUUUUGAGAUCAAAAGAUGAGUGAAAAAAGAUGUGUCUGGUUGUUAGUACACCAGUGGUUUCUUUCUUUUUUCAGGACAUUCCAAGUCGUAUUGGCUCUGAUUGAUCUUCCCUCGUUUCUCAGCUUCAAAAUGGCUCGCUUUUCUCCGAUAAACAGCUCUCUGGUCUUCAUGUUGGUUUAUCCUUUUUAACAACAAAUGCAGUCUUCUCAGGUGAAACCUAGGGCUCAGACCAAGAGUAGACAUUCAGAGCUAUUAAAUUCUUUAAACAAUCAAUUUAACAGGCACACCUGGGCAGCAAGACACACUGAGCAAUCACAUGUUCCAAUAUUAUUGAUCAGGGGGGAGGGGAUGGGUGAGUUCAAACAAAAGGUGCCAUGUUCCAAGUUGUUUCACACACGUCUAGAUGUAAAUAUGCGCAAAUGAAAGCUGAAAUUCUGAUCCGUCGUCUCAUUCAGCUUUGGACGUCAAACCCAAAUGUCUUCAGUGUAUAGCGAAAACGAAAGAAGUGGCCUUGCUGUUCCAAUACGUACAUUAGAUCUCCAUUAUGUACUUGUUAGCCACAUUAGCCUCGAAUGCAAAAUAAAAGCAUUAAAAAUAUAGGCAAAAUAAAGGCUGAUCUUUAUCAGUUGGGGUAAGAGGAAAUUUGUGUAAAUAUUCCUCUAAUGGCCCUCUACAUUUCCGAGCACGGCUGUGUCUCUGGCCUGUAAAUGAGCAGUCUUAAACGGGCAUUAUGGGUUCAUCACGCCAAUCUAGUCUUGUUUACAUUCUAAUUACAUUCUAAUUACGCUUGUUCUUUGCGACACCUGACGUCACGCCCUACGACAACCGAUUAAGUGUUGAUUACAUUUGAGAUAUCCAAGACUCACAUUCAUAAUCGCUUUAUUAACACAGAACUGCUCUCGCAUGAAAUCAGAUUAAACUCCUGAUUAGAUACUGUCCGUCAGACUGAUUGGGAUUCAGAUUCAUUAAUGCAGGAAUUAGUCUGCUAGCUUUGUUUCCCCUACAGCUAAAGAGUCACAGGGAGACAAGACGUACUGUUGGGUAGCACAGUGGUGCAAAGGUCAGCUUGGCUAUCUCAGCGCUCCAGGGUCUCAGGUUCGAUCCUGAGCUCGGGUUUUUUUCCCGGUUCUCCACUUUCCGCCAAAUAAACAUGGCUGGAAGGUGAACCGGUUCUGCUAACUUGCGCCUAGGUGUGAAUGUGUGUGCAUGGUGGUCUGUGAUGACCUGGCGUCACAUCCGGGAUGUAUUCCCACCUCAUAAGCUCCGGCUCCACUGUGACCCUGACCAGUUACGCAACAUGAAUGAAUGCAGGAAGAAGCAGAAAUAAUCAUUCAAAAUAACUCCCAACCCUUCAUCACGGACGUUAUUUAGUACUCUCACUGCGGUUCUUGAAGAGAGACAGAGCACAGUGUAUUAUGUGUGAAGAGCUUAGAGAAGUGUGUGUCAAGCGGGCGAGUGAUCUAAUCAGGAUGGAAGGAGGGUCAUUAAUCAAGACGAGUGCUCCCCAUCUUAUUUUCCACACGAAGUAAUAAAAUGGUUGACUGGGUGCUGUGUUUAUGCUUGCCCAUGAUCAUAAGGCGGCGUUUUAUUUCAUUUAGCAGAAAUAGUGAACAGGUAAAGAUCAAAGGAGUCUACACAUGCUGGGCUAGGGAGGGGUGAGUGGGGUUGAAAUUUCUAAGCCAAUCAAAAGGCAGCUUGCAUGUUAAAGUUGGGCAGGGUUUUAUAGGGAAAGCCUGUUGGCCUAGCACCGGGCCUCAUUAAUCAACCUUGAACAAUUCAUAUGUGUUUACAGAAGAAAUUAUCCCGUAAAUUCAGGGAUAGCCGGGACGUUCAUAGCCUACUCAUGCUCCAGUGAAUUUAUGCACAAAGACGACAAACCAACGGAAACCUCGCCUACAGUUCCUAUAAUCUGCAUGGAUUACUGCGCUUUUAUAUCUGGAAUAUACAGUCGAGUUAAAAUGGUUUAUUUUUAUUGCCGUAAGCCUUAAACAAACGCCUCAGCUGAUGGAAGAUUUCACACUCGAUUAUUAUACAGUACUGUGCAAACGUCUUAGGCGCAUGCAAAGAAAUGA